GCGUCGAGACAUAUUGAGAAUCCCAUUCAGAGAACCAUGAAGACGAGUUUGCUGCUAGCUUUUCUGAUGACGAUGCUUGGAGUGACUUUGGGUCUGGUGUUGGCCAACUCGGAUGAUGGCUACCAAUAUGGACAGCCGUCGGGGGAGCAGCUGCAGGAGAUCCAGGCGGUCAGUCUCCCCAGGAAGCGCCACCCAAAGCCACGUGUCUACCCAGAAGAUCCCUCCCAGGGUUGUGGAACUGCGGAGCAGGUGGAUCACGGAGCUGCCCUGGCCACCUACCACUCGAAUCGCCCCCAACCGCGUCGCCUUUACAAGCACCAGGAACUCGAAGUGGACAACUCGUUCUUUGAACCUUCCUCGGAGCGGAUUCAUGAACUCAAGCGGAUUCUGUUGGAUCAGCUAUAAAUGAUGAGUUUCUAAAGAUCCAAAAAUAUGAUAUUUAGUAAGAAACAGUGCAGAAACGACAUCAGUACAAGAUAUUUCCUUAUAUGUUCUCUUUGUUGCCAAACUCCCUCAGAGUUUAUUAUGUUUAGUAUAGCAAACGUGAACCAAAAGUGACUAAAUAUGUAUUUGCAAAAUCAAGAUAAUCAAUUUCAUAUCUGACUCACACCCUUGACAACUAGUUUCCUAUUUAGGUAAGAUAAAUGUCGG